CCGGGAUCCUGAGCCCAACAGGUCUACCGGGGCCUUGGGGUCAGUUUUCUUCAGCGGCCUCCCUUUGUAAACUAACAUUUUUCCUUAAAGCAGCAAAAGGAGAAAAAUUAACAUCCGAAUAUUCCACAAUUGGAGAAUUACUGCACUCUCAUUGUCUUGGCAUGAGGAGCGAGAUGCUGACGGCGCUGCUGACCCUGGCUGGCCUGCUGCAGGUGGCCGGGUCUCUGAAGAUUGCAGCCUUCAACAUCCGGUCUUUUGGGGAGACCAAGAUGUCUAAUGCCACCCUCACCAGCUACAUCGUGCGGAUCCUGCAACGCUACGACAUCGCCCUCAUCCAGGAGGUCAGAGACAGCCACCUGACGGCCGUGGGCAAACUGCUGGACAAGCUCAAUGAGAAGGCCGCAGACACCUACCGCUUUGUGGCCAGUGAGCCCCUGGGGCGCAGCACCUACAAGGAGCGGUACCUCUUCGUGUACAGGCCUGACCAGGUGUCUGUCCUGGACAGCUACUACUACGAUGACGGCUGUGAGCCCUGUGGGACUGACACCUUCAGCCGAGAGCCAGCCGUUGUCAGGUUCUCCUCCCCGUCCACGAAGGUCCGCGAGUUCGCCAUCGUGCCCCUGCACUCAGCCCCCGAGGACGCGGUAGCGGAGAUCGAUGCUCUCUACGACGUCUACCUGGAUGUCCAGAAGAAGUGGGGCCUGCAGGAUGUCAUGCUCAUGGGGGAUUUCAACGCGGACUGCAGCUACGUCACCUCCUCCCAGUGGUCGUCCAUCCGCCUGCGCACGAACCCUGCCUUCAAGUGGCUGAUUCCUGACACGGCGGACACCACGGCCACCUCCACCAACUGUGCCUAUGACAGAAUCGUGGUCGCCGGACCUCUGCUGCAGGACGCUGUUGUCCCCAACUCGGCCGCUCCUUUCAACUUCCAGGCUGCGUACGGACUGAGCAACCAACUGGCCCAGGCCAUCAGUGACCACUACCCUGUGGAGGUGACGCUCGCCUGAUGCGGCGGCUCCCGGGCCCCACCCCCAGCACGGGGUGGGGGCUUCCUUCUCCAGCAUCCCUGCCUCCCAGCGCCCACACAGAAGCCUGAAGUGUAGGUGCAGAGCCACCUUUUAAUGCAGGUCAAUAAAGAGGGUGCUUGGCCUUA